AAACUGAUAAUCUUGGCCGGCCAUGAGCAGUUCUAUGUGCUUUCCUUUAGUCGCUUCUACAACGUCGCAGCGCACAUCGAGUAAAAGCCUGUCUCAAGUGAGCGUGUGCACGCAUCCGAACUGUCAGGUUAAGCGGUACAAAACAGUCGACCAGUUCAUUUUUCACCAAAAAAACUAUUAGAAAAAACAGUUUUUCGAUUGGAUUACUUUAAUUCACCGAGUUUCGCGGACACUUGGUGAUCGUCAGGAUGCUGCUGCAAGGCUACAACGACCCUCCAGGACGACAAAUGCAACGUCCUGCAGGAAUCCUGGACUCCCCCACGUUGGCUCGGGUUGAAAGGGCUAUGCUGAGACAUGAAGAAGGGACUAAUAGAGAAGGACAAGAUGUAUUGAGGGCUCAAUAUACACAGUCGCUUCUUCCCAGUUUUGGAAAGGAGUCAGCACAUGUGAUAAAAAGAGGGCUUAUGUGGCAACAACGCGACAGAUUAUUCAGCAGAUGGAAGGAGCGAUAUUUCAUCCUCACUAGAGACUAUUUGCACGUAUUUAGAAGGGCUUCAGGAUCAGAUCGAAUUUCUGAGAUGGGGCAAUUCCUCUUCAAAGUUAAGCUCAUCGAUAUCGUCAAAAUCGAAUGGGAGAAUAAAAAAUCUUAUAGUACAGUUGCCUUAGUUCUUGGUAGGGAUGGAAAGAUUUACCUAAGGUCAUCUGAGGGGCUCGAAGACUGGUUCGAAUUGCUAGAAGAAUGUAUGUUCACUAGUAAGGAGAGAAGAAAAGCACUGAGGUAUUCCCAUAACGACAAUAACAAACCGAGAGACAACAACAAUAUACCGAAUUUGGAUGAAUGGAUUGCUUCUCGUCAGAAAAUUGAUUUAGGACGAUUAGUAACUGCAAGUAUGAACUCAAGACAAGAAACCACAGUACGAAGGCGAUACAGGCCACAAACCGAAGACGAUGACUGGAUACCUCCCUCAUUGGAUAAUAGACUUUCUCUUUUGACUGACAUCGACAUUAGCACAUACGACGAUAGUACCAUAGGAACUCCUUCUGUGACGUCGUACAGACUGAGCGACGAUGUUUUUUGCGUACAACCACCAUCACUUCGAGCUAUGGGAUCAUUUAGAUCGUCCAGAGAAACUGGAGCGAUAUCGAAGAGAAAUGAUAAUGGCAAUAUUCCUGACACCAAAUAUUUUAAAUUCAGAGAACGUUCAUACAGCGACAUCCAACGAGUCUAAAAUAUUCAACACAUUCUCACACAUUGUUGAACUAGUCAUUUCCAAAGUUAUAAUAUGUGGUCAACUCAUACCAAAUGGGAUUAUAAAUAUGUGAAUCGAAAUAGUAAAAUAGUGAAUUUUUCAUUGUAAUGCUAGGAAGCAAUCGUACCUAAAAAAAACUAUACAUUUAUUUAUGAAAAAAAUAUAAUUCAUCUCUUUUAACUUUUAAAUACAGUUUAAAACUUUAUGUUGGAAUGUUUUUCAGUUCUGUAUAUUUUAUUUUAUUUACAUUUUUAUUUGACAAUUACAUCACAUUUUUAUUUGAUGAAAAUUUGAAUUAAAACAUUGUCUACUAUACUGUGACAAAUCUUAUCAAUAUAGAUCUAUCAACUCUUUUUUUUAUAAUCAUAUUUUUGCUUUUAUAUUAAAAAAAUUACAAAUCUGUUUAACAAUUUUAUUAUUUUUCAAGAAAAUAUUGUCACACAUUGUUUUUAUUUUCACAUGUGCGUAUGUUCAUUGAGUUGUGUGUCUUAUUUUCGUGUUUAAUUUAAUAUUAAUUUGUGUCCUUUAUCUCCUCCAUACAAGAAAAAACAUUUUUUUGAGAAUCGUACAGUCACGUCCAUGGUCUUUAUUUAUGCCAUUUUAAAACUACUUUCGCCAAUAUAUUGAUUUACUGUCCAAAAUGUUGUUUUUCAGUCGAUUAAACAAUGAUUUUCUCACAGAAAAAAAUCUCUUGAUUACUAAAAUUUUAGUUUUGUGGUGACAUAUUCGCAUUUUAACUUAACAAUAUAUGGAAUCAGAACACAUUGAACAGUUCUAAUAUAACUAAUAAUAUUAACUAGUAAAUAAAACAUCUAGUUUCCCAUCAACUAUCUCGAAAAUAUUUCGUUUAUAUUCAUACACUUUUAAAUUGCCCUUCUUUACGUUUAAUUGCGUACCUACAUACAUGAUUUUGAUUGGUAUUGAAACAAAAAAAAUUAAAAUUAUUUAAUAAUUUCUGUUUUUUAAUAAUUGUUUUUAGAGAAAUUUAUUUGGCAAAAUUCAAUUUAAAAUUUUAGUAAAAAUUGUAUUUUUUGGUACGAUUGUUUCUUUGGCGAUAUGUAUCUAUGUAUUUGUGUUCUUUUUCUUUUGUAGGUACUGUUUGCAAUAUCAGUCAACUCACGCUAUUUAUAAUAAUUAUUACCGAAUGUACGACAAUCUGUAAUUGUACUGUACUUGCAAUAUUGUAAUUGUAGGGUUAGAAAAUUUUAUACAUAUUUAUAGAACGAUUAAUAAAAUGGUAAAAUCACAGCAAA